CCUCCUCCUUUUAUAUUUUCACAGCUAAUCGGAAUCUUCACAACAUCCCUGCAGUGACAUCAUGGGAAGGAAAUUGGACCCCCUGAGGAAGGUUCCUCGCGGGCCGGGCCGGAAAUCCAGAAAGCAGCCCGGAGCGGAGAAUGAGCUGAGCACAAUCCUGAGUGACGACUUGGAGCAGAAACGCAUGUCAAGUCGCGGCCGGCAAAGAGCCGCCAGAAGAAGAAAAGCCGAGGAAGAGAAAGUAAAGAUCAGCAAACCGGAACCCAAAGUAAAGAUCAGCAAACCGGAACCCAAACAGAACGGUGCCGUCACAGGGGACCUGAAAGGGAAGAGGAAGCCGGCGGCCAUCUUCAGCGAUGAGAAUGCGGAGUGGCUGAAACCUGCGAAGAAGAAGAGAAAGGAGGAGAGCGAAGAAGAGAGUGAGGAGGAGGAGGAGAUGGAAAAGAGCGGGGAGGAGAAGCUUGAGCAGAAGAAGAGCAGGGAUAAGAAGCCGGGUGAGGAGGAGGAGGAGGAUGAGGAGGAGAGCGGCGAAGAGGAGAGCGGCGAGGAGGAAGAAGGGAGUGAUGAUGAACCUCCUCCCGGUGCUCUGGAUUUCUCAGACAGCGAUGACCUAAAAGAUGAUUUUGGCGGCUCCUCAGAAGAGGACGAUGAUGACGAUGAAAAAGAGGAUCUUCUUCCGAUAGAGAAGGCCGCCGGGAAAGAGAAGAAAAAGAUGCAGAGGGAGAAGGAGAAGAGACAAGAUUCCGAUCUCCAGCUGAAUGUCGAUGCCGAGGAGCACUUCACCUUGCCAACCUCGGAGGAGAUGGAAAACGAGCUCUCCACGCCGAUGGAUCUCUCUGCGAUUCAGGAACGCAUUAAGGACGUGGUCGCCGUCUUGCAGGACUUUGCGAACCGAGGAGAGGGCCGCCCCCGCCAGGAGUAUCUCGCGGUGCUCCGCCGGGAUCUGGCCACUUACUACAGUUAUGGCGCCUUUAUGAUCGAGACCCUCGGUGACCUGUUCCCCGUGUCAGAGCUGAUUGACUUCCUGGAGGCGUGUGAGGUCCAGCGUCCCGUCACCAUCAGGACCAACACCCUGAAGACACGAAGACGUGACCUGGCUCAGGCUCUCAUUAAUCGCGGAGUAAAUCUGGACCCGUUGGGAAAAUGGUCGAAGACCGGACUUGUCAUCUUUGACUCUUCAGUGCCAGUCGGUGCCACCCCCGAGUACCUUUCUGGUCACUACAUGCUCCAGGGUGCGUCCAGCAUGCUGCCAGUCAUUGCUCUGGCACCUCAAGAGAACGAACGGGUGCUGGACAUGUGCUGCGCUCCCGGCGGGAAGACCAGUUAUAUCGCCCAGCUGAUGAAGAACACCGGUAUUAUUGUCGGCAACGAUAUGAACGCAGAUCGCCUCCGGAGCGUGGUGGGAAAUCUGCACAGAUUGGGCGUCACAAACUGUAUAGUCUCUAAUUAUGACGGUCGGCAGAUCCCCAAGGUCCUCGGGGGGUUCGAUCGCGUGCUCCUGGAUGCCCCAUGCAGUGGGACCGGCGUCAUCAGCAAAGAUCCGUCAGUGAAAACCAACAAGACCAUGCAGGAUAUCCAGCGCUGCGCCCACAUCCAGAAGGAGCUGAUCCUGGGCGCCAUCGACGCCCUGGACGCCCAAUCAUCAGCCGGAGGAUUCCUGGUCUAUUGCACGUGUUCCAUCACGGUGGAGGAGAACGAGUGUGUGGUGGACUACGCCUUGAAGAAAAGAAAUGUCAAACUUGUACCCACAGGACUGGAUUUCGGUAAAGAAGGUUUUGUAAGGUUUAAGGAACGCCGCUUCCACCAAUCCCUCCGCCUGACCCGCCGCUUCUAUCCGCACACCCACAACAUGGAGGGCUUCUUCGUCGCAAAGUUCCGUAAAUUCUCAAACGCCAUUCCUUCAACAAAAGAAGUGGCCGAGGGCUCCAGCGCAGAGAAGGCGGAGGAGACCACCGCAGAGAAGAAAUCGAAAACAGCCGAGCAACAGGGCCAGAAGAAGCCGGAUCAGAAGAACUCCGCUAAGAAGCAAACCCAACAGAGUCCCGCAAAAAAGCCAAAUCCCAACUCCCCGGCAAAGAAGAAGAGCCAACAGAACCCCCAUAAGAAGCCGACUCCCAACCAAUCGCCAAAGAACUCCUCUAAGAAGCAAUUUCAGAAGAAGCCGACGCCCAACUCAAAGCAAGGCCAGAAGAUGAAACACAAACAGAAGUUUUUGGCCAAGAAGAAAAGGAAGAGUUAAAUAUUCUCCGUUGGGUUCCACUUCUAGACCUUCCACCUUCCUCCACCUCCUGUCCAUCCUCUGAGACUCUCUGUAUAUGUCAUAUCCGGGAACUUCCUCGGAGCCCCUCCUCCUCGCCCUGCAGGGGUUGGUUAUUCCCGGAGACCACGCCCCUCUGUAGGGAGGGAUCUGUGCCGUACUGAACAUGGACUCUGGUGGAGGGCGAGACGUGAGGGGUGUACAAUACUCCGGGGGCGUGCCCAUGGACCUUCUCCCGGGGGGGUGCAAUGUCCAGUCCUUCCUCUAAGGUUGAGUUUUGAAUCUGUUGAAGUUUUAUUAUAAAUUGAAUAUAAAACUAAAAAU